AUGGAAGAAGACGGCUUCCAGAACUUAGUAGAGUCUACUGUUAAAGAAUGCAAGUCUGAUCAGAGGAAAGCAGGAAUUCUAUCUAUCCUGAAAUCUACUAAACUGUCGAUCAAACAAUGGGUGGGGAAGAGAGACCAUUUUCCUUCUGUAGAGAUUACAGAUUUAGAAAAGAGGAUUCAUUUGGAAGAGGUAAACCUGCAGCAGAGGCAAGGUACAUAUGGUUGGGACAGAGGAUCAGAUUUGAACAAUAUGAGAUCAGAAUUAUGGAGGUUGUAUAAGAUUGAAGAACAGAUAUGGUUUCAAAAAUCGAGAGCUAGAUGGGUGGAAGAAGGGGACCGCAAUACAAGAUUUUUUCAUACUUGUGCGUUGAUUAGGAGAAAGAGGAAUUCCAUGUAUGCUUUGAAUGUCAAUGGAGGGAUAACCCAAGAUCCAUCUGUCAUCAAAGCUUGUGUCAAAGACCAUUUUUUUGGAAUUUUCAACUCUAGUUCUACUUUGGAAGUAGAAGAUAUGAAGAUGAAUUUUUCAAAAAUUUCAGUGGAGCAAAGUAAUAUUCUGGAAAAAGAAUUCACGGAGGAAGAAAUAUGGGAGACUCUACAAUCGUGGAAAGAUUGGGAACAUGGAGUAAAUCAUACUUUCAUUACUCUUAUCCCCAAGGUGGCCAAUAUUGGUGGAUUAGAUGACUAUAUACCUAUAAGCCUUGUAGGAGGUCGUCAAAUUCUGGAUUGUUCUCUUAUAGCCAAUGAGGGGAUUGAUUUCUGGAGGAAAAAGGGACUUAAAGGAUGUGGUUUAAAGUGGAUUUUAGAAGGGCUUACGACACUGUGGAUUGGGUCUAUUCUUUUAAGGUUAUGGAGAAAAUGGGUUCGGUUCUAA